AAACUAGGACACGGUGGCCUAGAAUCUAGAUGGUACUGUUGGUGACCAACGGUGUCUUUUUAUUUCACAUUCUUUUAUUUUUUUAAUCUAUAAAGCGAAGAAAGGCACAAUAAAUUUUGUUCCUUUACUGAGAUUGCCGUCUCUCUGUUCCUCUCGGAUUUGCUCUUCAACAAGUUUCACUCCAGCACAGUGCAGAGUUUGAUCUUUGAAUUUCAAGAUGCCGGCUACGGCGGGUAGGGUUCGCAUGCCAGCCAAUAAUCGGGUGCACAGUAGUGCAGCCCUUCAAACCCAUGGUAUAUGGCAGAGUGCGAUUGGUUAUGACCCAUACGCACCCACCAAGGAUGAUGGCAAGAACUCUGCAAGCCACAAUUCAAUGAACGCCGAACCGGAGUCUGAUAAUGCAUAUGCAAGCUUCCAAGGCCUACUGGCUCUUGCCCGAAUAACUGGAUCAAAUGCCAAUGAGGCCCGUGGGGCCUGCAAGAAGUGUGGCCGUGUUGGACACCUCACAUUUCAGUGCAGGAAUUUUCUGAGUAUUAAGGAUGAUAGUAAGGAUAAAGACCCAGAAGCUAUCGAGGCUGCAGCUUUGGCUGAGUUGGAUAAGUUGAAGGGGAAUGUGGGUAAGAUGAAAGGGAAAAGUGCAGUUGAGAGCUCUGAUGAGAGUGAUGAAGAGGAUAGUGAGAGUUCAGAUUCAGCUGUAGAUUCAGAGAUUGAGAGGAUUAUUGCUGUGAGAAAUGGGAAGAAGAUUAGUGGCAAGGGUCGGUUGUUGAGAAAGAAGGAUUUAGAUGAAGAUGAAUCGGAUACAGAUUCAGAAAGAAAGAAAAGAGGUAGAUCUAAGAAGCGGAGUGGGAAGAGAGGAAAUGGUAAUUCGGAUGAUUCGGAUGGAGGUAGGAAGAGGAGAAAGAAGCGCAGUUAUAAGGAUGAGUCCUCAAACAAGGAUUACGAGUAUCGACGACGGCAUAGGAAGAGUAGGAAAGAGAAGAGGAGGCGGCGAAGUCACCGGCAUUCAGACAAUUCUGACUCUGAUGCAUCUGAGGACUCUGGUAGAGAGCGUAAGCGAACAAGCAGGAGGGCAGCUUCACCAUCUGAUUCAGAUUCAAGUGGUUUAGAUGAUUCAUGGGUUGGCAGGGACAAGAAGAGAUAUGAGAAGAAGAGCAGAAAACGACGUCAUUAUGAGGAUGCGUAGAAUUUGUUCUGGGAAAGAAAUGCAGGUUAAUGGAUAUGGUGAUCUCUCUUAAAGUCGGCAAAUCAGUGAUGGAACCCAAAUGGUGGGCAAACCAAAAUCUAUACCUGCUUUUGUAUUUGGAUUGUUUGAAGGUGCGAGGUGUUUAAUUUGUGUAUUGAGGAGCCUCAACAUAUUAACCUAUUGUAUUGGGGUGCCUAUUGCAUUGUAUAUUCUACUUAAUCCGAACUUGUUUGACUGUACUGUAGUUGUGAUUGGAUUUGACUAUUUUUGUGAA